UUAAACAGUGAGUCUCGCGCCGGGUGGAAAUGGUCGCUCGCGCAGGCGACUGUGGAAUUUACUGUGAGGAACAAGAAAAUAUUAGCGAGCUGCUAACAGUGAAAUACACUAACAUUUCAUCUGAAUACAGCAAAAAAAACGAAGACGGCUGAACAAUGACACAUAUUAAGUUUCUCUGCAGGGGUAAGUGAGGUGUAUCGUACCCCGUCCUAGGAUGGACAGUUAUUUUAAGGCUGCUGUGUGCGACCUGGACAAGCUUUUGGAUGACUUUGAACUCAAUGCAGAGGAGCUUGAGAACAAGCCUACCACAUUUGCAAGCCCUCCUUGUCCCGACUCCACGCUCGUUUCUGGUCACCAUUUGGACAUUCAAAGCUUCGUACCAGAGGUCUCACAAACACUCCCAGAUGUCAACGCCCUGCACUAUGGACUUACAUCACAAAGUAUUACCUUAAACCAAAAAGAUUCAUAUUCAAAUGAACGCCCACUCACAGGUGUGGACCUCCUGUCCUCCGUUGAUAGCAGAGGUAUCAGAAGUUCGGCUCCGCCAUGUCCGGACCGGUCGCUGAAGCCUGUGUGUGACCUGGUGAACGAUACGGGUUCUGCAAACCUCCAGCAAGCCAGUAGUCAGGAAGACUUCAAAGAGCUGGACGUUCCUGAGAAGGAAACUAAUGAGGAGCUGCUAGUGGACUUUGACAGUCCUGUAGUAUCUUGUCCAGAAGAUUUUACUAAAUCCAACCAUGGUGAAUUACCAAAGCAUGACUCUGAGAUUAACUCUAACUCCUUCAGUCUGCUGGAUGUCAUAAUACCGGCCUUUAGUGACCCUCAUGGAUCAACUAGCAUCACAUCUUUGGAGUGCAAACAGACUGAAAGUUCUUGUCCUGAAGAAUCAAGCUUCAGUGAGCAAAACAAUUCUUCAUGCAAUCCAAUGAAUGAGGAAGAUGUUAGUAAUUCAGUUCCUUGUGCUACAGAUGAAGAUAUUUCAGAUGAGCAUGCUGUAUCGCUCCAGCCUGAUUCAAAAGAUGCACAGCUGUCUGAAGAUCCAGAGGAUGUAGCUGGAAGUCCCUCCUCGGAGAAGGAAUCUUCUCUGUCUUGUUUGCCGAUGGCCGUAUCCAUGUGUGGAUCCCUCGUGGCGUCUUUAGACCCUCAAAAGGCAGCAGUGAUAGAAACCAAAGAUGAGGCUGAACUGGAAAUAAACUCAGCAAUUCAAGAGGCUGAAGAGUUAAUUCUUCCGUUGGAAGAGCCUGUAACUCCAUUCUCCUCCAGUAGGCCUGAUUCCUCACCUGAAGAUGAACCUGAGCUAGUCCAGAUCAUGUCCAACCCCGAAAGGGCGUCUGCUGUCUCGGGCCAUUACCCUGAAAGAAACUUUAAGCGCACCUUUUCGCCUACAGACAAAUUAACCUGUAGAGAUUUGUGUGAAAGCAACCCAUCUCCGCCCUAUUCGGAGAGCCCAAAUUAUUCCUAUGAGUUCGGUAUCGCUAACGAUUACCUUCCUGAAAGCGACCAGACCGUGAUGAUGGUCACGGAUGAGGAGCUAGAUGCCUUUCUAAUGGGUCAGGGUGUGAAAAUUGACUCUGACGCAGGUGCGGAAAAAUUCGCAGAUGAUGGUUUUUCAGAAUUUAACGGAAAUGUCGAAGGAGAUGGCUUUUUAGAUGAGGAAUUGCAGAGCUGUAAAGUAGAGACGUUUGCCUCUCCUGAGAGCGAUGGCUCACUUCAAUAUCUGGAGGAGAGCGAGGGUUCAAACGUUUCUUCCUCAUCUCAGGACAGCAGCCCGCUGAGAACAGACCCCACGCAAACAAUUAGCCACGAAAACACAACCAGCCCUGUUGAGAUUCAGUCAGCUUGCUCCCCCAACCAAGAGAUAAAUUACGGCGGGGCGAGACCAAAGCAGCUGUCCAACCAAACCGUACGGCCUCCAUCGGAAAGACACAGAAGCAGCCAUGCUGAAGCCGAUGUGGAGAAUGGCUCGCAAGUUUCGCCCAACCGAGAUGAAAACAACUGUGAACCUCCUUCUUAUCAGCAAUAUGAAGCCAGUUAUGGCCAUGAUGAGCUCUCAGAGCCUCCACCAUACCCAGGAGAGACUCUGGAGGACGCGGAAUCAUCUGUUGAUCCGGCAGGUCACGAGGCCGAGGGUUUGGGAUCAAAGCAGCCACCUUGGGUCCCUGACUCUGAGGCCCCUAACUGCAUGAAUUGUAUGCAAAAAUUUACCUUUACUAAGAGGAGACACCAUUGCAGAGCAUGUGGAAAGGUGUACUGUGCGGGCUGCUGCAACCGUAAAUGCAGACUGAAAUAUCUGGACAAAGAGGCCAGGGUUUGUGUCAUCUGCCAUGUUACCAUUCAGAGAGCUCAAGCCCAUGAGAGAAUGAUGAGCCCCACUGGGCCCAGUCCCAAUCCCAACAUCCCAUCAGAGUACUGCUCCACCAUACCACCCAUGCAGCAGGCCCGUGCUGCCGGCACCCUCAACUCUCCCCCACCCACCGUCAUGGUCCCCGUGUCUGUCCUCAAACACCCCGGUAAUGACGGUUUUCCACGUGAGCAGAAGCACGUGUGGUUUGCUGACGGUAUCCUGCCGAACGGUGAGGUAGCCGACACCACCAAACUCUCCGUACAGACCCGAAGAUCCUCUCAGGAGUCGAGCCCAGUUACGCCAGACCCACCGGUGCUUGACGGUAAAAUUCCUGGCGAGAGUGACGAUAGUGCCGGAGGCAGUUCUGACACUGCUGCUGAGGUGAGCCGCCCGCCCGUCAGAGGACCAUGGGACUACGGCCUGCUUUGUGGGGUGGGCAGCUGCGUGCAGAGAGCGGUCAGUCUGGUGCCGGAGGAUGACGAGGGUCUGCCUCCACUGCUCAUUACCACAGGAGAGGAGGAAGAUGGGGAUUUAUUAGUUGAGGAGCGUCCUGCUGCUUGCCAAAUAUUGCUGCUGUUGGAGGAGGGAGGCCCACAACCUCUGACCUUCGUGCUCAAUGCCAAUUUACUUGUGAACGUCAAGAUCGUCACAUAUUGUGAGAAGAGGUGCUGGUGUCUGAGCUCUAAUGGUCUUCAGGGAGUUGGCCAGAAAGAGCUGGUGUUUAUAAUCGAGUGUUUCCCAGAGGAAAACAGCCUGCCUAGAGACGUAUUCAACCUGUAUGUUAGCAUAUACCAGGAUGCACAGAAAGGGAAGUUCAUUGAUCACCUUGGCAAUGUGACGUUCACUGACAGUUUCCUGGGCAGUAAAGACCACGGCUGCGUCCUGUUCUUCACUCCAACCUUUCAGCCUCUAGAUGGCCUUGCUUUGCCGCAGGUCCCGUUCCUUUGUGGUGUUUUGAUUCAGAAGCUGGAGGUGCCCUGGGCUAAAGUGUUUCCUCUCCGACUGCUGCUCGCUCUAGGGGCACAAUACAACGUGUAUCCCUGCCCAUUGGUGAGCGUGCGUUUCCGUGACUCGGUUUUUAAAGAGACUGGACACACCAUCAUGAAUCUGCUCACAGAUCUGAGGAAUUACCAAUACAGUUUACCUGUGGUGGAAAGUCUGCGAGUACACAUGGAGCUGGGAAACAGCUACAUCGAGAUUCCCAAGUCCAGGUUUAAUGAGAUGCUGAAGGUGGUGAACUCCUCCAAUGAGCAUGUGAUCAGUUUCGGUGCCUGUUUCAGCACAGAGGCCGAUUCUCACUUGGUUUGCAUGCAGAACGAGGACGGAAGCUACCGGACGCAAGCCAAUAGCAUACCAGGAAAAACCAGGAGAGUAACUGGAGCUAGUUUUGUGGUUUUUAACGGUGCUCUGAAAGCCUCAUCAGGAUUCAUUGCCAAAUCUAGCAUUGUGGAGGAUGGGUUAAUGGUGCAGAUCCCUCCGGAGACCAUGGAGGGUUUGCGACAGGCCCUCAGGGACCAAAGCGACUUCCAGAUACCCUGUGGAAAGACGGAUUCAGAAGAGACACGGGAAAAUGUGAAUGUACGCUGGGUCGACUGGAUCGCACCUGUCAAUACUGGAAUCACCAGUCCAGUGGAUGGCAAGUCUUUGGAGGGGGUGUCUAGUGUCAAGAUCCAGCAGGACUCUGAGUUUGAGAUGGAUGGCCGAACCAUCAGGUGUACUGAGGUCUUCUAUCUGCUGAAGUCUUCAGACGUCUCCCUGUCUGCCAUCCUCACAUCAUCAGCUCAGUUUCAGAGAGAGAUUGCCACCGCCAGCUGCGCUGCCCUCUGCCCGCACCUCUCUGUGCUCAUGGCAAAUGGAUUCAACUCUCUCGCACUCCGAGUGUCCACCGACUCAGACAUGGUUGAGUACCAGGCUGGCUCUGGUGGCCGCCUCCUCCCUCAGAAGUAUAUGAACGAUCUGGACGGGGCCCUAAUUCCAGUCAUCCACGGAGGAAGCUCCUGUGUCCCCCAUCAGGCCAUGGACAUGGAGUUUUUCUUCUACAUCUCACUGAGCAUUUGAACACUGGUGACUUAUAAACUUUCCAAUCACAGGCAGCCAGUGGGACCUUCACGAUCGUAACCGCAGAUGCUUAGAAAAUCCGUGUCUGAAUUCUGACAAGGUAUGGAGAGUUUGAUGCGUUUUAAAGGAAAUUAAAAAGCACUUCACUGAAGUGGAACUAUAUUGGCGAUCCUUUAGAAUAAAGCAGAGGUAUGGAUCAGCAACAAAAAUAAAAUUGUGAGAACUGUG